UUGUGGGAAGAAUAUCCGAAGGCAAUCGUCAUGCGUCCCUUUCUCCUGCAAACACGAAGUGUGAGAGAUGGGCUUAAUUUGAUGGUGAAGGCCACUAGGCCUGAUGAGACUUCUAUGUAAUGCUUCCAGGUUUGUCCGGUUUAUAACAGAUUGCUAUUUUAUUUCGUGGCUGAUAACUUCUUUCGUUUUGUGUCCUAUUUUUCUAGUACCAGACUUGAGGUUCAGGCUCCAAGAUUUCCUUAAACUUGAAGGUUGUACUCGAAGGUUUCUCGUUCAUCUGUUUUAGCUCCUGAGCACUCUUGCUACAGAUUCCCAAGUUCGUUCCGAAGAUUAGCGAAAACAAAACGGACAAGAACAAUUUUCUACUUUUCAAGUAACAGGAGACUGCUCGAUGUCACAAGGUACGGGAAUGGCAGAAGUGGCUCGACUUAUUGUUUCCGUUCUGUAUUUUGUCUUUUGCAGACUUGACAAAACUUAAGGACUUAACAUUUAUUUUGAGAAGGUUGAGCCUGGCAACCAGGGGAUUUUAGGGUUUGGUCAAAGAGGAGUCUCUUUCAGUAAUUAUUGGCCGUUCUCGGAGUAAUGGCCAGGGCUCAAACCGCCACGAUUUCAUUCAAAAGGAACUGCGCCUCUGUUGCUGUCCGUUUAGUUCAAUAGUGACGAACCAAGCAGCUCUAGCUAUGGCGUAUUAGAUACUUUUUUCCCAACAUGGUUUCAUUGGAAGAAAUUUGAUGCCUUCCAGGUAACCAUCUACCGUCCCACAAUGACUACAUUUGCAGCAGCGCUCGGUGCUGCUAUUUUUUUUCAAGCAGCAACGGCAGUAACUGGUGGAUAUGAAAGCGCUUUGGGAGAUCCAGGGAUGAGAAGCCCAAACUCCAGAGUGUUGCUCGAAGGCUGGAACUUCUGCAAUGGUGCUGAGAGCAUUGGUUCAGGACAGCCCAGUCCUCGAUGGGCUGAUUGCACUGAUAAAGUCUGCAAGCCCGAUAGUGUCUGUUCUCCUUACAGUUUCGUGUCAAACAAUGACAACCAGCUACGGACAGGAGAUAUAUUUCCAAACCGGGCAUUCAAGAGCUACCAGAAUCCAGACCUGUACGCUGUUGAGAAGGAGAAGUUCCUGGCUUCGCUCUGCCAAGUCUCCGAUUUCAGCAACCAUCAUCCCUGGUACUUCUGGAACUCGAUGCUCAAAAAUGGCAACUUCGACAUGAGCUCGGGGCUAUGUCCGGCGACUUCGAAAGCAAGUUCUCUUCAAGUUCACACUCGGCUGACGAGACCUUUCAAGAAGAUUGUCAACGCAUUCCCUUGCUUCGGUGAUGGCUGCAUGAACCAACCGGUUGUUGUCCACGAACAGUCCACAAUCCAGCGGAACUGCAGUUCCCAUGGCUGUGUGGAUGAUCUCAAAGGCAGAUUUUACGGCACCUACGACUUGAACAGGAGCCCCGAGAAUGUGACAGCGGGCAUGUCGUUCUUCUCGGUGGCGUGGGAGAAGAACGUAUCGUCUGGAAGCUGGAUUUUCAAGCACAGGCUCCAAGUAUCCAAGAACUAUCCGUGGCUGAUGCUUUAUCUCCGAGCCGACGCAACUUCUGGACUUUCUGGAGGCUAUCCAUGGGACACGCGAGGCAUAAUGACACAGGUUCCCGAAUCACCAAACUUCAAAGUAGUCGUCACUCUCAACGUCACCAAAGGCGGCGGCCCCCAGAGCCAGUUCUAUCUUCUAGACAUCGGUGGCUGCUGGAAGAACAAUGGCCAGCCAUGCGACGGUGACGUGAAAACCGACGUGACACGCUACAGCGAGAUGAUCAUCAAUCCAGAGACGACGAACUGGUGCACUCCAUCGAGGCUAGAUCUCUGUCCGCCAUACCACGUAACUUCGACCGGCACCAUAGUCUACCGCAAUGACACCGUCAACUUCCCAUACUCGGCUUAUCAUCUCUACUGCUCGCCGACAAAUGCAGAGUUUCCAGAGCAUCCGUUCUCCGUGUGCGAUCCUUACAGCAAUCCGCAGCCACAGGAGCUUGUCCAGAUUUUGCCUCAUCCCGAGUGGGCGGUGAAUGGCUACCCGAGCCGGAAAGGAGAGGGAUGGAUUGGUGACGCAAGGACUUGGACUUUAGAGGCAGGAGCUCUCUCGAGUAGGCUCUAUUUCUACCAGGACCCAGGAUCGUUCCCAGCAAGAAGAGUCUGGCCUUCGAUAGACAUCGGGACAGAAAUAUAUAUUAGUUCGAGUGAAGAACUUGCUGAAUGGACAGUGAGUGAUUUUGAUGUUUUAGUUCCAGUGAGAUUAUGAGCACAUUGUUUUUUCCUAAGCUAACAGUAGUAUUAUAAUUGCCUAUUUA